AUCCUGACCGGAAGUUCUUGUGUCGUUGCCGCAUGCGGUCUUGACGCUGGCGGUGGGUCCGUCGGCUCAGUCCGGUCUGGCUCGUGUUGAAGCCGCUUCGUGUCUUCGCUGCGGCGGAGGAAUAAGAUGCGGAGCAGCAGCGGAACCGGAGCCCGUGACCCGGAUCAGCCCAGAACCAGAACCAGAGCCCGGCCAGCUGAACCCUCCCCCGGCACGGCACGGCUCGGCCCGCAGACAGCAUGACAGCAGCAGCGGCAGCGCCGGUAGCGGAGGAGCGAGCGACAGAGAAAGGCUCCAGCCGCUGAGAGAGGCAGUUAGCCGGGGAAGCUAAAGGCGCGAUGACCGCGGAGGGAAGCGGAACGAUCCGCAGCCGCAUCAAGAACCUGCUGCGCUCCCCGUCCAUCAAACUGAGGAGGAGGAGCGGCGGCACCGCGCGGCACAAAGAGGACCUCAGCGACAAGGUGACCUUGGAGAAGGUUCUGGGUAUCACAGCUCCGGGGAACCGAGCGCUGGCCUGCGACCCCCGAACUGGACUGUUGGCUUAUCCUGCAGGGUGUGUUGUCGUCCUGUUGAAUCCCCGGAAGAACAAACAGCAUCACAUCUUCAACAGCUCCAGGAAGGCGAUCACCACGUUAGCAUUUUCUCCAGAUGGGAAAUAUGUCGUCACAGGAGAGAGCGGCCACAUGCCGGCGGUUCGAAUCUGGGAGGUGUCGGAGCGUGUUCAGGUUGCUGAGCUGCAGGAGCAUAAAUAUGGAGUCGCCUGUGUGGCGUUUUCUCCCAAUGGGAAAUAUAUCGUCAGCGUGGGCUACCAACACGACAUGAUGGUCAACGUCUGGAACUGGAAGAAAAACAUCGUCAUUGCAGCCAAUAAGGUGUCCAGUAAAGUGACGGCCGUCUCCUUCUCUGACGACAGCUCCUACUUUGUUACCGCCGGCAACCGCCACGUCAAGUUCUGGUACCUGGACCAUGCCAAGACCUCCAAGGUGAACGCCACCGUCCCUCUUCUGGGGCGUUCAGGGCUGCUGGGAGAGCUCAGGAAUAACUUCUUCAGCGAUGUGGCGUGUGGGCGAGGUCGACAGGCCUCCUCCACCUUCUGCAUCACUUCCUCUGGUCUGCUGUGUGAGUUCAACGACCGGCGACUCCUCGACAAGUGGGUCGAGCUGCGGGCGUCUCAGGCCACCUGUCUGUCCGUCACAGACGAGCUGAUCUUCUGUGGUUGUUCUGACGGCACGGUUCGAGCUUUCAGCCCCGUCAACCUACACUUCCUGUGCACUCUGCCCCGCCCACACUGUCUGGGAGCUGACAUCGCCAAUAUGGUGGACGCCAGUCAGCUGUUCUCCUGCAGGCCGGAGGCUCGGUACCCAGACACGGUGGCGGUGACCUAUGACCCCGCCAACCGCUGGCUGUCGUGCGUCUACAACGACCAUAGUGUUUACGUGUGGGACGUCCGAGACCUCCGAGACCCCCGCAGAGCGGGAAAACUCUACUCGGCCCUCUACCACUCCUCCUGUGUGUGGAGCCUGGAGGUGUACCCAGAGGGAGGAGGAGGAGGAGGAGGAGGAGGAGGAGGAGGAGGAGGAGAGGCACGACUUCCCCCCGGGUCGUUCCUGUCCUGCUCCUCAGACAACACCAUCCGACUGUGGAACACCGACAGCCACAAACUCCUCACCAGGAACAUCCUGAGCCAUGACCUGCAGAAGGUCAUAUACGUGGACGACAACAUCUCCAGCCUCCUGGACCCAGAGAGCAUCUCCAUCACCGGUGGCAACACUGAGAAGGCGGGGUCAUCGGGCUCAGAGGGGCAGCAGACGGACCAGAGCAGGGCGGGCAUUAGGACCCUGAGAGUUAGUCCUGAUGGACAGCACCUGGCCUCUGGAGACCGUAUGGGCGUCCUCAGGAUCCAUGAUCUGGACAGUAUGGAGGAGAUCUUGAACGUUCAGGCUCACGACUCAGAGAUACUCUGCCUCGAGUUCUCCAAACCAGAUACAGGUCUCCAGUUAUUAGCCACAGCCAGUCGGGACCGUCUGAUCCACAUCCUGGACGCGGGCAGAGAGUACAGUCUGGUCCAGACUCUGGACGAACACUCGUCCUCCAUCACUGCCGUCCGAUUCGCUGCCAAUGAGGGGAAGGUGAGGAUGAUCAGCUGUGGAGCCGAUAAGAGCGUUUACUUCCGCACCGCGCAGAAGGUGGAGGAAGGGUUGGAGUUCACUCGGACUCAUCAUGUGGUGAGGAAGACGACUCUGUACGAUAUGGACGUGGAACCAACCAGGAAGUACGCUGCAGUGGGCUGUCAGGACCGCAGCAUCAGGAUCUUUAACAUCAGUAACGGUAAACAGAAGAAGAUGUACAAAGGCUCUCAAGGAGAGGAUGGGACUCUCAUAAAGGUGCAGAUAGACCCGUCAGGUCUUUACAUCGCCACCUCCUGUUCAGACAAGAACAUCAGUAUAUUUGACUUCUACUCUGGAGAGUGUGUGGCCACCAUGUUCGGCCACUCCGAGAUAGUAACCGGUUUGAAGUUCAGCAGUGACUGCAGACACCUGAUCACAGUGUCUGGAGACAGCUGUAUCUUUGUGUGGCGUCUCAGUCCAGAGUUGACCAUCAGGAUGAGGCAGCGGCUCGCUGACCUCCGUCCUCCAAGCAGCACUCAGACCUCCCAGAAUGCACCUCAGCAGAAAGUGGUGAACCUCAGCAGGGAGGUGUUGUCUCCUCGUGUCGUCACAAUGUCUUCCGACAGCGACAAGGAGGAGGAAGAGGAGGAGGAUGAGGAGGAGGAGCGUAGUUGUCCUUAUAUGGUCACAGCAGGAUGCCUGGUGGAGGAGGAGACAGAAAUGACUGAUGACAAGUCCGACUCUCAACACUGCAGAGACAACAGGAAGGAGGCUUCAGGGGGUCGACUCCCACGUCGUCAGUGGUCCAGGAGGACGGGUAGCGACGGAGUCCUGAUGGUGAAGUCCAUGUUGGACCUGAGACUGCUGGAGUCGUACUGCCCUGACAGACAGGAGGAGGAGCAGGAGGAACAGGUGGAGGUGAAUACACACUCCCUCGAUGUUAACACUUCCCCUUGUAGCCCGAGAAGGAGGGCCCCAGGUGUGGAGGCGGGGCUGUACAGGACCAAUCAGGAGCUGGGGAGCACCGUCAGUCUGCAGGUCACCUCUGCAUGGGUGGAGGAUGAGGCGAAGACCAAUCAGAGGCCAGACUUCAUCCGGCUGUCCAAUCAGAGCCCAGACAGGGAGCCUCUUGUGCUGUAUCCCGACGAAUGGGAGGACAGAGUGAGCCUGGCAGGAAGUGAGUUCCAGGUGAAGGAGGUGUGUCCCACUGUGACAGGUGGACGUCAGGACAAACCCAGUCCAGACAGCGGCUGCUCGCUGGGAUUCAGCUCCACAAUGUCCAGUCCUGUUAGACCUGCAGGAGACGACUCAGAACCCACAGAGCCUCUCAGUGUCGAUGGAAACUCCUCGGAACUGGAGAUGGAGGAGGAUGAUGAGGAGGGAGGAAGAAGAGGAAGAGGAGGACGAGGAGGAAGAGGAGGUGGAGGAGGGGGAGGAACAGGAGAGGUCAGGGCCUCUCAGGUCGUCCCUCAGACUCCAGACCAGGAGGCUUUCCUGAAGGAACACUUUGUCACACUGGCCGACCUCUCAGGCUCAGGAAGUCCAAGCAAAACGUCUCACAGCUCCAAUGAGAGUCUCAGCAUCUCCUCGAGAUUUCUCUCCCAGAAUUCUGCUGCAAGUCGGGCUGUGUUUCCUCUCCCAUCUCGCACCACCAGCGGAGGAGGUAGUGGAGGUGGAGGUGGAGGAGGAGGAGGAGUGGAGACAAAGGCCCGUCCUCUGGUCUCAGAGGUACGACCUCUGAUGGAGGAGAACCAGAAUCAUUCCCAGGACAGGAGGGUGACGUGGAACCAGGACCAAACACAGAAAAUGAAGCAGGACCCAACAUCCUCCCUUCAGGACCAGGUACAGUCCCAGGACAAGAAAGACCAGGACCAAACCCCGUCUUCUCAGAUCGGGAACCAGAUCCAGCAAGGUACAGAUCAGCAGCAGAGCCAGGUGGAGGAGGAGGGGGCGGUCCAGCAGACCCACCGGCCCUCACCACUAAAGAAGAAGUUUCAAACCACAGUGGAGUCCAAAAGAAGCCUGGGCCCGACAGCCCGGGCCGCCGCCUCCCAUCUGAACUCGUCCUCUGGACUCCGGAAGGCUCAGUCAGUUCAGAGCCUGCUGAGCGACACAGGAGACUCCUCUCUUUCCACAUCCUGUCCAUCAAGAGACGUCCCCUCUCAGCUGCUCCUCCCCCCGCAGCGUCCCACCACCCUCCCCUCCUCACCUAGACGCCCCCCGUCUAUAGCCCCUCCCCCUCAGAGACCCAGCCCCGUCGCCUCCCCCAGGUCCCCCCAGCAGGAAACAGUCGCCGCUCCUUCUGCCAUCACCACCCCGAGGAAGUCUUCAUCCUCCUCCUCCACUCCGGUGGCAUCUCGCUCCUACAUGAGCCCCACUGCCAGCUCCAUGGCCAAGAUGUCACGCUCUGUCUCAGUGGGCGACGGCCUCAACAUCCCCGAAUCCAGCGAGGAUCCUGCAGUGACAUCAUUAUCAACUGCAGCGGUAACUUCCUCCUCUCAGGUCAAAGACACUCCACUGCCUCUUGUUGCCGUGGUGCCCUCCAUCGCAGCUCUGGCCACACCCCCCCACGCUGCCGUUGUCCCCGUCGUUGUUGCCUCCUCUUCGUCUCUAGGUAACCAUGGUAACCAGGUGGGCCCUGCCCCCCGUGGUCUCCAGGCUCGGGUCCCUGGCAGCAGCAGACCGCUCCCUGACAAGCCCUCCCUCGCCUCCUUGUCUUCCUCAUCGCGGCCUCCUCCGGUCUCCGUUUCCCCGCUGACUGCCCCCCGGCAGGAGGAGGAGCCUCACACUGCUGCAGGCAGCAGCGGCAGCUUGGAGCAGAGAGACGACGCAGACCAGCCAAUCAGUGUGGAGACGUGCAGAGCUCUGACCAAUGAGCUGCAGAGCUGCUUCAAGAGAGCCACACACCUGUACAGGAAGGUGAGUGGCUCCUCCCACAAUGACUCCACACCUGACCAACAUCAGAUGGCCGUCGUCCUAUCAGAAGCCUUCCAGGCCAUGAGGGCGGAGCUCGACUCUCUGCCACUCGGCGCCCCGAGCAUGCUGGGAGUGGAGGGGGGGUUGGGAGGAGUGGGGGAGGUGAAGACGGCGGCUCUGCUGGAAGAGUAUUCUCUGCUGCUGCUGCAGGCCGUUCACAGGAGGAUUAACAACACUACAGACUGAACACUACUCCUCUUCAUCACCUCCUCCUCCUCUUUCUUAUCUCUUCUUACCUUCGUCCUUUUCGCUUCAGCUCUUCCUCGCCUUAUUUCUUUUUAUCUACUCUGUCUCUGGUCUACCUCCUCUUCCUCCUUUCACUCUUUGGUCUUCACUUCCUCCUUUUUACUUUUCCUCAUCUAUUCAACCUUCCAGCUUUGCUCUUCAUCUUUUUCCUCUCAGUCCUUCUUGUCCUUUUCUUCCACAACCAUCUUCUUCUAGUUUUCCUCCUCAUACUCUUCUUCAUCCUCCCUCCCCGCUUUCUUGUCUUCCUCCUCUUCUGUCUGGUCCUGUUUCCAAAUCCUCCAUCUUCUUGUCCGUCUUUUUUUCUCCUCGUAGUCUUAUCUUUUUCCCCCUCAUCUCUUUUACUUAACUACUUUGCCUCCUUGCUUUCCCCUCCUCUUCCUCUUCCUCCUCCUCAUCUUCACAGAUGAAGGAUCUGAAGCCAUUCUGAUUUCGUCUGGACUUUUAUUCCCUUUUUACUGUUAUGCAAGAAUCUCUCCGGUCUUAAGGAACGACACAUUUUUUAGAAACUGAAGUUUUUAUCAACUUGUUUUUUAAAAGACAUUUUUCCUUUUCCAUUCCCGUCGUUUGUUUGGAGGGAAUCUGAACGGCUCGUUUGGAUCAAUGAUUAUUGAUUAGUGUUGUAGAGACAUUGAUGUUAGACUGUAGAGACUUUUUAAAGGAGCAAACAGCAAUAUGAGACGUUUUGUCACACUGUUUGAUUUGAACAAACUUUAAUGUUCUUCUGUUUGAUGUAAAUGUCAUUUCCUGAGUUCACUUGAAUCCAAAACAGACUUCCUGUUUGAAACGUCACAGCGAGUUCAAGUGAGAUUUUUAGUUUGUAUUUAUUCUCUUGAUGUUACAGUUUGACUGUCAGACUACUGAACACUGACUCUUUAUCCUUCACCAGACUUCACAAACUGAGCGCCAUGUUUUUCAACGUUAUUUUUAACUGUAACAGGAGGAUGUACAUUUUUAUAAUUGUUAUUAAAACGAACACUUUUAGGGAUCUUUGGGUUUAAAUUAGGGGUCAAAUUGUUUCUAACAGUUUGUUGUAACGGCGACUUUCUCACUAACCAACAGGUCAAAGUUCAGUUUGAAACGUUUUCAUGUUUUUUGUCAAAAUUUAAUAAAAGUUUGGGA